AUGUCGAAUCCUCGGGUCGCUAACGACUCUCCGGGACCAGGAGGUCCGGGAAUUACUGGUCCGUCACAGGCAGCGGGUCCGGUACGACUGGCAUCGAAUUCAGCUAAACAGAGCAUUUCCAUGCUUACUCCAGCUCAGGUGUCCAGUAGACUUCGUGAGAAUGAAGAAAGUUAUUUGGUAGACAGAGGUAAAGGCGUUUUACGCUACGAUGUGGCUCAAUUACCAAGUAACAACCCAAUUGAAGACGAUAGGUCAGAACGAGUAGUCCAGGUGCCAUUGAUUGUUGAACCUUCAGGGUCGACUUCUAGUGGAUCUAACAGUAACAGUGGAUCUGGUAAUGGUGUCAGCGAGAAAAGUGAGGUUGCCAGUGGUGGAGAAACCGGUGAAAAUGGCGAGACCAUGGUGUCCAGCGACUGGAUGUUUUGGGGGGUCUAUGAUGGCCACAGCGGAUGGACUACCAGUGCGUUUUUGCGAGACCAUUUGGUAGCAUAUGUUCUUAAUGAACUGGAUAAAGUGUAUGAAAAGUCGUCACCAAACUCCAUGUACCGAUUAGUGCCCUCUCCAGAAGUGAUUGACGAGGCCAUUCAACAGGGGUUCCUAGCUCUGGAUGACGAGAUUGUCAAUAAACGAGUAGCUCGACUUCUCGAGUCGUCAGGCAGUUCAAAAGCCAGUGCUACUGAACUAAUUGCUCCGGCACUGUCAGGUUCAUGUGGUUUACUGGCUUUCUAUGAUACCUUUUCGAAGAAUCUACGAGUAGCAGUGACUGGAGAUUCUCGAGCAGUGCUGGGGUCUCGAGAUAGUUACGGAAACUGGACAGCUACUGCACUCAGUACGGAUCAAACUGGAAGUAAUAUCGACGAAGCCAACAGAGUACGAUCUGAGCAUCCUGGCGAGGAAAACACUGCUAUUCGAAACGGACGAGUGCUCGGUUCACUCGAACCGACUCGAGCAUUUGGCGAUGCAAGAUAUAAAUGGGCUCGAGAUAUUCAACAUAAAAUAGCCCAGCGAUUUUUUGGCAGACGAAUCCCAUCAGAACUGAAAACUCCUCCUUACGUAACCGCCAAACCAGUCGUCACCACCACAAAAGUGAAUCCCGAGAACGGCGAUUUCCUCGUCAUGGGAUCCGACGGAGUUUUUGAAAUGUUAUCUAACGAAGAAGUGGUUUCACUGGUAGUUCAAUGGUUAAAAGCCAAACGACCCGAGUACCUUGAAACGACGUUGAAAUCGUCACAAUCCGAUGGAUCUGGUUUGUUUUCUAAACUGUUUGGGUCCGGAAAAAGGUCGGAUCGCGAUGACGGCGCGCUUGUCGAGGAUAUUUCCAGUAACAAAGAAGCACAAAAACAGCCCAUUCGCCGACGAAACGGAGUCCCCGUCCGAUUCACAGUCCAAGACGACAACGCCGCAACCCAUAUCAUCCGGAACGCGCUUGGUGGCGCCGACCAAGACCAGGUGUCGAUGCUGGUCAGUAUCCCUUCCCCCCUGGCCCGCAACUACCGCGACGACCUCACCGUCACCGUCGUCUUCUUCGGCCACGACUCGACACCCUCCAACGACGCCGGCUCCAUCAAAGUCAACCAAGCCGGCACCCGCAACGGCAUCCGGGCCCGUUCUAGACUCUAA